GUAGCAGUCAUCCUAAAACCUGAAACUAAGCGUCCAAACGCACCUGUGGCCGGACUCGUGUUUCCAGUACGGCCGAAAGCGGCGCUCCACAGGAAAUGCCACGUGUACCUACUGCGCAUGCGCGGUCUCCGUGCUCCCGCUUGACUUCCGCUGAGAGGAAGGCUCUGGUUGAUCAGCGCGACAUCAGGCGACGCGUCGAGAGAACGGCCGGAGCCGCGGGCCUGUGAGCGCGUCACGCACCGGAGAGACCCUGCGCGGCUUCAGGAUGUCCAGCGGCGGCUUCGCGUCACAGAACGGCGCCGGAGGCUCGCACGCGAACGGUCCGUCGCAGAACCCCGUUGGUGUUUUCCCCUGUAACCAGCGCUUCAUGGCACCGCCGCAGCCGGGCUUCAUCAACACCCUGCCGAGCAAAGGCCCUCCGCCGGCCGGCCCGAGCCUCUACAGCAACAGCAGCCGUCCCCAGCCUUCACCCGUUGGCACGCUCAACCACAGCAGCUACCAGCAUCCUCAGCAGCCCAUCAGCCACAGCAGCAGCUACCAGCAUCCUCAGCAGCCCAUCAGCCACAGCAGCAUCUCCCAGCCUCCUCAGCAGUCCAUCAGCCACAGCAGCAGCUACCAGCAUCCUCAGCAGUCCAUCAGCCACAGCAGCAGCUACCAGCAUCCUCAGCAGCCCAUCAGCCACAGCAGCAUCUCCCAGCAUCCUCAGCAGUCCGUCUGGAGCCCCGCAGGGAGCCACGCCAGCCCCGUCCCGCCAGUGAUGCACCGCAGCGGCACCAGCGCUCCUCCUGUCCUCCUCAACACUGUGCAGCCACCCGCACCCUCUGUGAACACUGCUGCCUUGACCGGAUUUGUAACAGACUCUUUUGUGUUGUUUUGUGCCGCAGGUCCGUCGCAGAACCCCGUUGGUGUUUUCCCCUGUAACCAGCGCUUCAUGGCACCGCCGCAGCCGGGCUUCAUCAACACCCUGCCGAGCAAAGGCCCUCCGCCGGCCGGCCCGAGCCUCUACAGCAACAGCAGCCGUCCCCAGCCUUCACCCGUUGGCACGCUCAACCACAGCAGCUACCAGCAUCCUCAGCAGCCCAUCAGCCACAGCAGCAGCUACCAGCAUCCUCAGCAGUCCAUCAGCCACAGCAGCAGCUACCAGCAUCCUCAGCAGCCCAUCAGCCACAGCAGCAUCUCCCAGCCUCCUCAGCAGCCCAUCAGCCACAGCAGCAUCUCCCAGCCUCCUCAGCAGCCCAUCAACCACAGCAGCAUCUCCCAGCAUCCUCAGCAGCCCAUCAGCCACAGCAGCAUCUCCCAGCAUCCUCAGCAGUCCGUCUGGAGCCCCGCAGGGAGCCACGCCAGCCCCGUCCCGCCAGUGAUGCACCGCAGCGGCACCAGCGCUCCUCCUGUCCUCCUCAACACUGUGCAGCCACCCGCACCCUCUGUGAACACUGCUGCCUUGACCGCUCCCCCUGCGCUGAGUGUCAUGGCUCUCCAUCAGACGCCUGCAGCUGUGACGGGGCCGCUGCUCGCCGCACACAGCGACGCAGCAGCAGUGUAUCCCGCUCACCCUGCACAGAUGCACGGGUACCCCUCACUGCAGCCGGUCUAUCGGAGUGUGUCCGGCGCGCAGACGGCCCCUCCUGCGCAGACGCAGCUGUACACACAGCCGUCUGCUGGCGCAGCUCAGCUGAGCCCCUCGUUAGCAUCGUUAAGCCUGCAGUCUCAGCCUCCAGAGGCCCUGAGGGCCGUUAAUCUGCUGCAGGAGCGCAGCCUUCUUCCUCCAGGAGCCGUGCCUCCGCCGGUGCCCUGUCUGCCGCAGGACCUGCAGAAGAUAAACUGCAGCCCAGAGGUGUUCCGCUGUACUCUGACCAGCAUCCCGCAGACUCAGUCCCUGCUGAACAAAGCCAAGCUUCCCCUCGGCCUCCUGCUGCACCCCUUUAAAGACCUCUCACAACUGCCUGUGGUGACCUCCAGUAAUAUCGUGCGCUGCCGCUCCUGUCGAACCUACAUCAACCCGUUCGUGACCUUCCUGGACGCUAGAAGAUGGAAGUGCAACCUGUGUCACAGAGUCAAUGAUGUUCCAGAGGAGUUCAUGUAUAAUCCGGUCAGCAGAUUGUAUGGAGCGCCUCACAAAAGACCAGAGGUGCAGAACGCCACCAUCGAGUUCAUCGCCCCGUCAGAAUACAUGCUGAGGCCGCCGCAGCCCGCCGCUUACCUCUUCGUCCUGGACGUGUCUCAUAACGCGGUGGAGACCGGAUAUCUGGAUGUCGUCUGUCAGACGCUCCUGGAGAGCCUCGACUCGCUUCCCGGAGACACUCGGACGAAGAUCGGCUUCAUCACAUUCGACAGCAACAUUCAUUUCUACAACCUCCAGGAAGGCCUGUCGCAGCCUCAGAUGCUCAUCGUGUCAGACAUCGACGAUGUGUUUCUGCCGACGCCCGACAGCCUUCUGGUCAAUCUGAGCGAGUGCAGAGAGCUGGUCCAGGAUCUGCUGGCGAGUCUGCCGCAGAUGUUCGGUCAGACGAUGGAGACGCAGUCUGCUCUGGGUCCGGCGCUGCAGGCUGCCUUCAAGCUGCUGUCUCCCACCGGAGGACGCAUGACUGUGUUCCAGACGCAGCUGCCAACCAUCGGCAUCGGCGCGCUCAAGCCCAGAGAAGAGCCCAGCCAGAGAGCCAACGCCAAGGACGUGCAGCAUCUCAGUCCUGCGACGGAUUUCUAUAAGAAGCUGGCUCUGGACUGUUCUGGUCAUCAUGUGGCGGUGGAUCUGUUCCUGCUGAGCGCACAGUACUCGGAUCUGUCCUCUCUGGGCUGUAUAUCCAGAUACUCGGCUGGAAGCGUCUAUUUCUACCCUUCAUACCACAAGCAGCGCAGCCCGCCUCAGACGGAGCGUCUCCAGAAGGAUCUGAAGAGAUACCUGACGCGCAAGAUCGGCUUCGAGGCCGUGAUGAGGGUCCGCUGCACUAAAGGUCUGUCCAUACACACCUUCCACGGGAACUUCUUCGUGCGCUCCACCGAUCUGCUGUCUCUGCCCAACGUGAACCCCGACGCAGGCUUCGCCGUGCAGAUGAGCAUCGAGGAGAACCUGCUGGACCUGCAGACUGUGUCCUUCCAGGCCGCGCUGCUCUACACCUCCAGCAAAGGAGAGCGCAGGAUCCGUGUGCACACGCUGUGUUUGCCGGUGGUCAACUCUCUGUCCGACAUCUUCGCUGGAGCUGAUGUUCAGGCCAUCACUGCUCUUCUGGCCAGCAUGGCCGUGGAUCGCUGUGUGACGGCGAGUCUGAGUGACGCUCGUGACGCUCUGAUCAACGCUGCGAUCGACUCGCUGGCAUCCUUCCGCUCCUCCGUGCUGAGCAUCCAGCAGCCCGGCCUGCUGGCCCCCGCCUGCCUGCGUCUGUUCCCGCUCUACAUCCUGGCCCUGCUCAAACACAAAGCCUUCCGGACGAGUGGCAGCAGCCGGCUGGAUGAGCGUGUGUUUGCCAUGUGUCAGCUGAAGCAGCAGCCGCUGGUGUACCUCAUGAUGAUGGUCCAUCCGGGCCUGUACCGCGUGGAUGAGCUGACACAAGUCGACGCGUCAGUCAUUCAGACAGCACUAACUCCUCACAGCAGCUCUGGAUCAUCAGUGAACGUCCCUGACGUCUGGUCCCUGACGUUCACUGAUGAUCCAGAGCUGCUAGACGAGUCUCCGCUCAAGGCUGAGUUCAUGCAGAACAUGAUCGAGGAUCUGAGUGAAUCCGCUCUCUCCUACUACGAGUUCCUCCUGCACCUGCAGCAGCAGAUCUCCAAGUGA